AUGUCUACUGAAGGGAACGAGAAAUUUACCAACAAGUAUCACCCGGACUUUGUUCCGGGUACCAUCAACUUUAUGCUUGAUAAGGUUGAUGCCAAUAAUUUACAAAACAUGGACAAAGGCAGUCGUUUAAAGAUUACUGAGAAGGGCAUUGUCUUGCAUCCUCAACCAUCUGAUUCACCUAAUGAUCCAUUAAAUUGGGGUAGAUGGACUAAACUGUAUCAGUUUAUUCUUCUCUGUUUCAUUACUGGAUUUACAGCUGCCACUUCCAAUGAUGCUGGAGCAAUCCAAGAUUCGAUGAAUGAAAUUUACAACAUCUCUUACGAUUCGAUGAACACUGGUGCGGGUGUUUUGUUUGCCUCUAUCGGACUCUGCACCUUUAUUUUAGGCCCUACGUCUUCACUUUACGGACGAAAGUUAACUUAUGUUAUCUGCAUAGUUCUUGGUUUGAUUGGUGCCAUUUGGUUCGGUUAUGCUAAGAGUACCAGCGAUACCAUAUGGUCUCAGCUUUUCGUCGGUGCUAGUGAGGGUUGUGCCGAAGCUACCGUGCAACUUUCUAUCUCCGACAUGUAUUUUGCUCAUCAGCUAAGUGGAUCUUUGACAGUCUAUAUUUUGGCCACUUCUAUUGGUACCUAUUUGGGACCUCUUAUUGCUGGUUUCAUUGUUGAAUAUGCCAGUUUCAGAUGGGUUGGUUGGUCUGCUGCCAUAAUCUCUGGUGGCUUAAUUUUAGUAAUGGCCUUCACCCAAUAUGAGACUCAAUUCGACCGAUCCAAGUAUUACGGAAAACUUGAUUCUUCUUCGAUUCCUAGAGAUUCAAACAAGCGGCUUUCUAACGAUGAUGAAAAGAAGAAGCAGGACAACAAUGCCAGCGAGGAAUUGAUGUCAUCCAGUUCUUUCAAUUCUAAUCGCUCCAACAAUUCCAACGCAGUGGUCGAUCCGGAAGCUCAUGCUGGUGUCUACGGAACAGGGACAGAAGAGGUUCGGAUAUCAUUCUGGAAAAGAAUCCAGCUAAUAACUCCUUCUUCUAACUUGCAGGGCACCGGAUUUAGACAGUACUUUAAGCUUCUUUUCCUAAUGUUGCGUGUGUUUUGGUUCCCUCCCGUGCUUCUUUCUGGCAUUCUUUGGGGUCUCCAGGACGCAUUUCUCACUUUCUACCUCACAACCGAGGAUAAUCAGUAUUAUGAUCCUCCUUUCAGUUACAGCGAUACCGGAGUGGCUUUGAUGAAUAUUCCAUGCGUGAUUGGUGCCAUCAUUGGAUGUGUUUAUGCUGGUUUAUUUUCUGAUCAGGUGGUUUUACGUAUAGCUAAAAGUAGAGGUGGUAUUCAUGAGGCCGAAGACUAUCUCUGGAUGCUUAUUACAAUUCUGAUUGUUAAUCCAAUUGGCCUUAUGGUAUUUGCUGUCGGAACAGACAGAGAGUGGGAUUGGAGAAUUACUUAUACGGUGGGAUUGGGAUUCAUUGGAUUCUCUUUCGGCUGUGCGGGAGAUAUUGCCAUGUCCUACUUGAUGUCAUCUUACCCUGAAAUGAUUUUGGAGGGUAUGAUAGGAGUUUCUUUAAUCAAUAAUGGUAUUGGUUGCAUUUUUACUUUUGCAUGUUCCCCUUGGUUGGAUGCCAUGGGUAACACGAAUACCUAUGCGGUUCUAUCCGCACUACAAGUUGCCGCUUGCCUUAUGAUCAUUCCUUAUAUGAAAUACGGAAAGAAGAUGAGGCUCUGGACUAAGGAUUACUAUAUCCGUUAUAUUGAGGCUAGAGAUGGAGUUAGUUCUGGUAUAAACAAACUUUGA